AUGAAGACUACGAUUCUACUCUUUUGUCUUCUAGGAUCAACUCAGUCAUUACCGAUGCAACUCAACCCUGCUUUGGGACUUCCUCCAACAAAGCUGGUUCCAGAUCAGACAACACUACUUAACCAACAGCAGCCAAAUCAGGUCUUCCCUUCUUUAAGUCUAAUACCAUUGACUCAGAUGCUCACCCUGGGGUCAGAUCUGCAACUGCUAAAUCCUGCUGCAGGGAUCAACCCUGGCACCCAAAAUCUCCCGCUGAACCUGGGGGGACUGAAUGUACAACAGCAGCUGCAAUCUCAAAUGUUACCAGUUAUUGUAGCACAACUUGGAGCUCAGGGUACUAUACUAAGCUCGGAAGAACUGCCAGUAUCUCCACACAUCUUCACAGGCCUCAUCUUCCAGCCCUUAUUCCCCGGAGCCAUCCUACCCACCAGUCAGGCUAAUCCAGAUGCCCAGAAUGGAAUCCUUCCCACAGGACAAGUAGGGAUAAAUCCUGCUACCCAGGGAACUCCAGAGGGCCACUUACCAACUCCCAGCACCACAGAUGAUGACUUUGGAGUAACCACCCCUGCAGGCAUCCAAAGAGGUUUGCACACUACUGAGGAAACCACCACAGGACUACCAAAUGGUAUUCAGUAA